AUGGUGUUUUCAGAAACAGCAAACACUACAACUAAAUUAAGAGUUGUAUUUGAUGGAGGAAAUGGUCGACCAAAAAAUAUUUCUCUCAACGAAGAGCUCGCUUCUGGUCCGCCUUUGCAGAACGACCUACCCAGUAUAAUUACUCGUUGGCGUUGUCAUAAAAUUGCAUUUACAGACGAUUUGGAGAAAAUGUUUCGCCAAGUAAUGGUUUGCGAUGAACAUCAGAAAUUUCAGUGUAUUUUGUGGAGAGAUGAUGUAAGAAAGAACAUCAGCAUCUAUAAAUUGCGCACUGUUACGUAUGGCACUACCUCAGCUUCGUAUUUAGCCAUACGUGUUCUUCGUCAAUUAGCACGUGAUGAAAACUCUGAAUUCCCUCUCGCAAGCAAUAUAUUUCUGAACGACAGCUAUGUGGAUGACAUAACAUCAGGCACUGAUUCCAUAACAGAUACAAUAGAGUUACACCAGCAGUUAAGUAACCUUUCUAAACGUGGCGGAUUCAAUUUGAGAAAAUGGAAUUCAAACUCGAAUGAAUUGAUGAACGUUAUCCCUCCUGAAAACCGCGAUAACGCUGAUGCUUAUAAAUUGAAAGAUGAGAACUUUGUCAAAGCUUUAGGCCUUUAUUGGGAAAUAAGCGAGGAUCACUUAUGCUUUAAACUUAACUUCAGUUUCGCUUCUACGGUAACCAAAGGUAGUAUGCUAUCGGACGCGGCGAAGCUGUUUGAUCCUCUGGGAUGGCUAGCGCCGGUUACUAUCGUAGCCAAAUUAUGUUUCAACGUUUGUGGAAAGAAAAUUUAG